ACAUCACACCCAGCUGAGCCACAGAUGAGGGCUGGAAGAUUGGGGUGAGUGGCUGAGAGGGGGGUAGGUCACUCUCUUCUUCUGUCCCUAGGACAUGGCAGACGCCUUGGCCUGUGGCUCCAGCUCCCCGGCCGAGAUACUACAGUGCCUUCGGCAGAAGGAAGGAGAAGAGCUGAUCCUGACCUGGAAGAGGAAAACUACUCUGACUGCUUUCACUGUCGAUGGCAUCUUCUUUCCCAAAAGCCCCAAAGAGCUCCUCAAUGAGAAGCAAGUCCACUCUGUGCCUGUCCUCCUGGGUUUCAACAAUGACGAGUUUGGCUGGCUCGUCCCCAGGGGUUGGGGUUUACUGGAUAAGAUGGAGCAGAUGAGCCAGGAGAACAUGACGGACAUCUUGAGGCCCUUCUUGAUCAGUCUGGAUAUACCCCUUGAAAUGACAGCCACCAUCAUAGAUGAAUACAUAGACAGAGACUCAGAUGCACUAGCCAAACGCCAUGGCUUCCAAGAAUUGAUGGCGGACAUAUUGAUCACCUUCCAGACCUUUAAUUUCUCAAGAAACCUCCGAG